AUGCCGAAAGUUGCAGAAGAACGGUGUGGUCAUGAUUCUCAACUGGAGAAGAUCCCGACUGUCAUGGUCGAGCAGAUGCGUCUUCAACAAGAAGAAAUGAAGAUGCAGCACGACGAAAUGAAGUCAAUGUUCGCCACUCAUAGCCGCAAUCAAGGCGGUACCGUCCAGGACGCCAGCAAAGAUCAAUACGAUCAGCUGAGCAGGGACGUGCAGAAAUUUUCUCAGACAAAGAGACAGGUAACACAUUCACCUAUUGCUUCAACAGGUACAGACCGGUUAUACGCGACGCUUUGUUGCCGGGCAAUAAGAAGCGCGAUCUGA